GAAAAAAAAAAGAAUUUCUAAACCCUAUAGAUUCUUAGGAAGGGUUUUAGAAACGUACAUUUCAUCACUAUAGUUAUUACUUAGAAGGAGUAGUUACGAGGUAUCUCCAAUCAAAACCAAUAUCCAGUCAUCCGACACUCCCGUUUCUCUGCACCAUUUCCAUGAACGAUGCAGUCCCUUGCAAGAAGAUUGUUGCAGAGAAUAAAGAACGAAAAAGAAAUCGGAUGCCGAACAUAUUGUUCAACUAAGAUCUUUGAUGCUGGCCAGCCAACUGCUGCUUCUCAUCCUGAGUUACUUAAAGAAGGGGAGAUGACUCCUGGUUUGACUUGUGAUGAAUACAUCUCGAGACGAAAGAGAUUGUUAGAGCUUCUUCCUGAGAAGAGUAUUGCCAUCAUUGCAGCUUCCCCAGUGAAGAUGAUGACUGAUGUCGUGCCUUACCCAUAUCGGCAAGAUGCUGAUUAUUUGUAUAUCACGGGCUGUCAGCAACCAGGUGGUAUUGCUGUUUUAGGUCAUGAAAUUGGUUUGUGUAUGUUCAUGCCGGAGCCAACACUUCAUGAUGUCUCUUGGGAAGGGAAUACAGCUGGGGUAAAGGAGGCACUGGAGAUAUUUAAGGCUGAUCAGGCAUUACCUAUAAGCAAGCUUCGUCAGAUGCUAUCAGGCAUUUUAGGAGGAUCAUCUGAAGUAUAUCAUAAUUUCAAGACCGCGACUAGAACCUAUGUAGACCUGGAAUCCUUUCAAAAAAUUUUAAAUAAUGGCAAAGUGAAAGAUCUUUCUGCACAUACUCAUGAGUUGCGUUGGGUCAAAUCACCAGCUGAGAUUAAAUUGAUGAGAGAGGCUGCUUCAAUUGCUUGUCAGGCUCAGUUGCAGACCUUGUUCCACUCGAAGACAUAUCCACAUGAAGGUAUGAUGGCAGCAAAGGUGGAAUACGAGUGCAAAAUGAGAGGUGCCCAAAGAAUGGCAUUCAACCCUGUGGUGGGUGGUGGUCCUAACGGAAGUGUGAUACAUUAUUCUCGAAAUGAUCGUAAAGUUAAUGAUGGGGAGCUUGUUCUGAUGGAUAUUGGAUGUGAGUUUCAUGGCUAUGUUAGUGAUAUGACUCGUACAUGGCCCCCCUCUGGUAGAUUUUCACCCGCUCACGUUGACCUUUAUGAUCUUAUUUUGGAGACAAACAAAGAAUGUAUUAAGCUCUGCAAACCUGGCAUAAGCAUACGUCAAAUACAUGAGCAAUCGGUUCAGAAGCUCUGCAAAGGACUCACAGAGAUCGGAGUACUGAAAGAUAGGGCAAGCAGUUACCGAACAUACCAUCAGCUAAAUCCAACUAAUAUAGGUCACUAUCUAGGGAUGGAUGUUCAUGAUUGCUCUACAAUCAGCACUGAUCGCCCUCUGCAGUCAGGGGCUGUGAUAACAAUUGAGCCAGGUGUAUAUAUACCAUCCUCCUUCAAUGUUCCAGAAAGGUAUCGAGGUGUUGGGAUAAGGAUUGAAGAUGAAGUUCUUAUAACAGACAGUGGUUAUGAGGUCCUCACUGGGUCAAUGCCUAAAGAAAGAAAUCACUUCGAGUCCUUGCUAAAUGACUACUUCUCACCAACAGAAUCAGACUGCUCAAGAACUGCAGCAUCAAGUUAGAGUGACGAAGGCCUCAAUUUCAAUAGAUUUAUUUUUCAAAAUAUAAGUAAGUAUUGGUGACUCUUAUUGAUGAAAACACAUUACGAAUACACUUCGGAAUUGGGUUCGGAUUUUUCGUAUGUCGUGUAAUAAUGUUAAACUUGGCUUGUGAAGCUCUAAACGUAGAUGGUCCAUGUGAAAUUGAAAUGUACUAAUCAAAUUUUGUAAUAAUUCUUUUGAGCU